CAGACGUAUGAGGUGUAUGCGUACGUGGAGCACUUUGGUGAUCUUAGAGGUGGACAUUACACAGCAACGAUAAAGUCCCAGGACGAUGAGAGGUGGUACAACUUCAAUGAUGGCUGCGUCACGUUGCUUAUUAACCAGCCGUUCCGACAUGGUGACGAUGAGAGCUCCGAGAGUGUUUAUCUCCUCUUUUACAGGAAAAAGAAACUCCACGUUGCAGAUGUUCAUACUCAAGGAAUCAGUGAGGUGCUCACCAAUGGAGGUUCUCCUCCGCCGGCUGCCGGUGACGAUGAGGACGAGUGUCCAGACGUUGAGCAAAUGACAGAGCGAGAGGAGUGUAAGGAGAUGGCAGAAGUUUGUAAAGAAGAAACCAGAAUUAAAGACAACGUCAGUGUCGGGUCUGCAGGAGUGGAUCCCAUUUGUAAUGUGGAGGAUCAGGACAAUGGAGCUGGUGUCAGGCAGAGGAAGCCAUUCAAUGAUCAGGAGUGUAAUGAGGAAAGCAGUGACACGUGUGGUUAUCUUCCAGAUGAAAAACAAGAGGAGGAUGGGGGGGGGAUGAUGCUGGGUGAGGAGGAGGGAGGAAAGGCAGAAGCUGAGGAUCAGGCAGAAGAGAGAAGAGGACUGUUGUCUGUAGAGGCUCAGCUUGAAGAAAGCGUGGAGGACAUGGACUGUGACAAUGCAGAAAUAGAUGAUGUUACACAGGGGACAGCAGAUAUUAAUCAGGAUUUGAAACCUGAGGCCAGCGACAGGGAUGCAAUACAUGAUUCUGUUAAUGAAAAAGAUGAGGUGAGAGAAGGGGAGGGGAGGAUAUUGAAUACAAAGAUGGACUGGGAUGGAGGUGAUGAAGGGUUAGAAAAAAACAAAUCCAUUGACGGUCAUGCAGAGAGCCAGGAAAUGGAAGACUUUCACGAUGCUAGAGAGACACUCAAUGAAGAUCAGGGAGAUAAACAGGAGCAAAAUGCAGGAAAUGACGAGGCUGAACAAGUAUCCUCGACCAAGCCUUACUGUAGUGAAGGUGUGCAAGAUCAGGCCGAGGGGAGGUUAGAUGAUGUCGGACAGAACGGACCAGAGGAGACGAUUGGUGUCUCCCACACCACACAUGAAGAUGUCUGUGUCGAGGAACAAGCCAAAGAAAAUAAAGACUCCUCUCAAUCAGGAACGGAAAAGCUGAGGGAGAACGAAGGAGGUGAAGGUGUUGAAAAGAUGGUGAAUUCUCAGCCAAUAGAAAGAGCUGGACAUAAGGACGCUACAGUGGAGGGGGGAGGUGGGUCAGAGAAAACAAUACUAUACGUGGAGAUAAUUGAAAAGGAGAUCCAGGAAACAUCUAGUGGUGUUACAGUAAGAACUGUGAGGAAACGGAUACCAAUAGAAAGGAAGCAUAAAAAGAUAAAGACAGACUAAUGUGAACCAGACUUCAGAGUGGGAUUAGAUUACUUUCAGAGAUAAAUAAAUAAAUGACCCUGACUGUAACGUGUAAUGUUGUGUCAUAGAAAAGAUUGUGGCAAGAACUUCAACUGUUAAACUUCAUUGAGAUUUAAAAUUUUUUUAACUUUUAUUGUGUUGUCUUGUUUUCUAUGUUACUGCCUCAAUUAACAAUUGUAAACAUAAUUGUCAGGAAGAUCUAUUGGAUUUUAGGGUUUAUUGUCUUUGAAACUGAUGGAUUGUGUCUUCGUUUACCUCAUGUCACUGGAAGGAUUUAAAUGAAUAUCAAUACAUUUGUGUUUAAUAAUGAUGAUAAGGACAUACACAACAUAAAUAAUAAGGAUCAGGGAUUUAUUGUAUUGCCUUGUUGUCAAUUCUCAAGUCAA